GGCGCUGCACCGGCGGGCGGCCCGCGGUCCCUCGGCGGCUCCGGGAUCCCGAUCCAGGGACAGCACGGGAGUGAGGAUGAACCUGGAGCGGCUCAGGAAGCGCGUGCGGCACUACAUCGACCAGCAGCAGUAUCAAAGUGCCCUGUUUUGGGCUGACAAAGUAGCUUCACUCUCUCAUGAGGAACCACAAGAUAUUUACUGGCUGGCCCAAUGUCUUUACCUAACAGCUCAGUAUCACAGGGCAGCACACGCCCUUCGAUCACGUAAGUUGGAUAAGUUAUAUGAAGCGUGUCGCUACCUUGCAGCUAGAUGUCAUUAUGCUGCAAAAGAGCAUCAGCAGGCCCUGGAUAUUCUUGAUAUGGAGGAGCCAAUCAACAAACGACUUUUUGAAAAGUACUUGAAGGAUGAAAGCGGAUUGAAAGAUUCUGCCACAGACUGGGAGAUGUCACAAUCCUCUAUCAAGAGCUCCAUAUGCCUUUUGCGAGGGAAGAUCUAUGAUGCUUUGGAUAAUAGAGCCCUGGCAACUUACAGCUACAAAGAGGCUUUGAAGCUUGAUGUUUACUGCUUUGAAGCAUUUGAUCUUUUAACGUCACACCAUAUGCUGACAGCACAAGAAGAAAAAGAACUUCUUGAAUCUCUACCUCUUAGUAGACAAUGUACAGAAGAAGAACAGGAAUUGCUUCACUUUUUAUUUGAGAAUAAAUUGAAAAAGUAUAAUAAGCCCAGUGAAACAGUGAUUCCUGAAUCAGUAGAUGGUCUUCAAGAAAACCUAGACGUGGUGGUAUCCUUAGCUGAAAGACAUUAUUAUAACUGUGAUUUCAAAAUGUGUUACAAGCUUACUUCAGUAGUUAUGGAAAAAGAUCCCUUCCAUGCAAAUUGUUUACCUGUACAUAUAGGGACACUUGUGGAGCUUAAUAAAGCAAAUGAGCUUUUCUAUCUUUCUCACAAACUGGUGGACUUGUACCCAAAUAAUCCUGUGUCAUGGUUUGCAGUAGGAUGCUACUAUCUCAUGGUUGGCCACAAAAAUGAACAUGCUAGAAGAUAUCUCAGCAAAGCUACUACACUUGAGCGAACCUAUGGACCUGCAUGGAUAGCAUACGGGCAUUCAUUUGCAGUUGAGAGUGAGCACGACCAAGCAAUGGCUGCAUAUUUCACAGCUGCACAGCUCAUGAAAGGGUGUCAUUUGCCGAUGCUCUACAUUGGACUGGAAUACGGUUUGACCAACAACUCCAAGUUAGCUGAACGGUUUUUCAGCCAAGCUUUAAGCAUUGCACCUGAAGAUCCUUUUGUUAUGCAUGAAGUUGGAGUGGUAGCAUUUCAAAAUGGAGACUGGAAGACUGCAGAAAAGUGGUUCCUUGAUGCACUGGAAAAAAUCAAAGCUAUUGGAAAUGAGGUGACAGUUGAUAAGUGGGAGCCUUUAUUGAACAACUUAGGACAUGUCUGCAGAAAACUCAAGAAGUAUGAAGAAGCACUGGAAUACCAUCGCCAGGCUCUAGUAUUAAUUCCUCAGAAUGCUUCUACUUACUCUGCCAUUGGCUACAUACACAGCUUAAUGGGCAACUUUGAAAGCGCAAUCGACUAUUUUCAUACGGCCCUUGGUCUCAGGAGGGAUGACACAUUUUCAGUCACAAUGCUUGGACACUGCAUAGAAAUGUACAUUGGUGAUUCUGAAGCCUACAUUGGAACGGAGAUCAAAGACAAAUUAAGAUGUUAUGACUUUGAUGUACACACAGUGAAGACAUUAAAGAACAUAAUUUCACCUCCCUGGGAUUUCAGAGAAUUCGACAUAGAAAGACAAACUCUGGAUGAAAGUGGCAUAGUAACAUUAGAGACAUCAAAUCAAAGGAAAAGUACAGAUACCAGUCGCCCAUUGGAAGAAACAUUUGAGAUUGAAAUGAAUGAAAGUGAUAUGAUGUUAGAAACGUCAAUGUCAGACCACAGUACGUGACCAUAAAUACUGGUAGAGAGUUCAUUUUGUCUAAGUGUAGUAUGUUUGUUUUAGCAUUUUUGUUUUGGUGUUAAAAUUUGCUAUUUUUUAUAUGAAUUCAAACGACUAUGUACUUAACACUGGGAGUUUUAUAGUUUCUACUUUAUAAAUAUUCCUUUCCUGA